AAUAAUAAAGAAAAAAACUCAGAAAAAUAAAAAAAGUUACAAUCUACCCUCCAAGGCCAGAAUUUUGGUUCGGUAAUUUUCCGAUAAACCGAAUAAAAAACCAUAUGCAACCCCUCUUCACUGUGAAUCGGUAAAACCGGUUUAUAACCGUUUACCGGGAAUUCGGUAACCGGUAAACCGAUUACAAACUGGUAACGGUAUUCGAUUUCCCCUCUCAAUGCUCGGCAUACCGUUUAUCAGUUCGGUCGGUAACCGGACCGAUUGUCACCCCUGGACUAUCUUCAAGCGCCAACCAUGUACUAGGUGAUGGACCAAUGACCAUGGGGCACGUGGUGUUGCGGUCAACGCGAGGAAUGGAGGUAAGGUAAAGGGGUAAAAGGAAAGUCCACCGGAAAUUUAUAAAAAUCACCGUGGCAGAGUCGGCCGACUUUCCCCUGUUUCCAAUUACGCUCAGGAAACGGAAACAGAGGAUCAAAAAAAUUUCUCCCAUUAUAAAAAGAAACGAGAAGAUUAAUUCCUCCCAACCCAUAGCAGUUCCAGUCUCGACAAUGGCAGCUGAUAGUUCUCCGUCUUCUUCUUCUUCUUCUUCUUCUUCUUCUUCUUCUUCAGCGAAUUCCUCCAAGACUCGGAGUAGUACUACUAAGUGCCUCCUCUGCUCGCCGCCGAAGGACCCGGGCGGCCUGUACCACUGCAGGCGCUGCCUCAACGACCGGUCGAAACGCAGGCGAAGGAGGCGGGCACGAAAGGCGAAGAAGGAGCUCACUCUGAGUGCCUUCCUGCAGCGGAUCAUCAAGCCGCCGAGUCAAGAUGAGAAGCGGCGGAAGAAUUCCCGGCCCACGCCGUCGAGGCUUUUCAGGAUGCACGGCGGCAGCGUAUAGCGAUUACGUAAUGAUCGCUCGUCGUGGGUUUCUUUCUUUCGUUUUUUUUAGCGAGAAUUGGAAUUAGGAUUGUAGCUUAGAUUAGUCGUUUGCAGUGGCGGACCCAGAAUUGUCGGAGAGGUGUGUCGCCGAUAAAAUACAAUAAUAAUUAAAUUAAAUUAAAUUAAAAAUUAAGU